UAUUGCCUUUCUAGCUAACCGACUAGCAGCGGUCCAGGUGUAUGAAGCUCACACAGUGAUGUCCCUCCCUCUCAAUACAUGUUGAUUUCAGAAACUUAACACGGAAUAGGCUCUGGGUUUCUUUUAGCGGUCACACCACAAGCAGGACGACAUCAAUUUGGCAAGAUGACGACGCGGUCGGAGAGAGAGAAAGCUCUGAAACUGAACGAGCAGCACCAGGUCAUCCUGUCUAAAAUGCUCAGGGAAGAGGAAAACAAGUAUUGCUGUGACUGCGAGGCGAAAGGUCCGCGGUGGGCGUCAUGGAACCUGGGGGUGUUCAUGUGCAUCCGCUGCGCCGGGAUCCAUCGCAACCUGGGGGUCCACAUCGCCAGGGUCAAGUCUGUGAAUCUGGACCAGUGGACCCCGGAACAGAUCCAGAGCAUGGUGGACAUCGGGAACAGACGGGCCCGCCUGAUGUACGAGGCCCACCUCCCAGAGAGCUUCAGACGGCCCCAGACGGACCAAGCCAUGGAGGUCUUCAUCCGGGACAAGUACGAGAGGAAGAAGUACUACGACAAGGACGCGGUCACCACGCCACCGCAGAAGUCAUCAGAGGUGUCACCUCCCACCACCGUCUCUCAGAGCACUGACAAGAACAGACAGGAGGAGAAGAGGAGGGAGGAGAAGAGGCGGGAUAAGGACUGUGAUAGAGCCGAAAGGCCCAACGGCUCAAAGAAGAGGGUGGAGCUGCAGUCUGAGUCGCGGGCCAGCCCUAAGAAGAGAGCCGAGCCGUCUGUCGACCUGUUGGGUCUAGAUGCACCUGAGAAUUCCGCUGGAUCGGGAACUGGUGGUGGUGUGAGUGCUACUGGUGGCAGUGUACCAAUCAGCGAUGACCUGGACAUCUUUGGACCAAUGGUGUCCAACCCCCUGCCCUCUUCUGGCACCGCACACUCCAAUCAGGCUGGCUCUGUUCAGGCAGAUGCUGCCAAUUCUUCAUCCACCACCAACACCACCACCACCGCCAAAGCCGAAGAAAAGAAGACUUUGUCUAAGGACUCCAUCUUGUCUCUGUACGCCACCAGCUCAAUGGCCGGAGCGACACAGAGCCAGCAUCAGCCUGCUGCGGGGCAAGGCAUGUUCAUGGGCCAGCCCCAGAUGCAGUACGCCGCCCAGGGCUACAACGGGGGGAUGGGCGGGGGCGCGGGCAUGAUGCCCGGCAUGGCGGUGCCCAACGGGGGCUACAUGGCCAUGGGUCAGGGCAUGCUGCCCCCAGGAGUGCCGCAGGGUCAGGGCAUGUACGCCAUGCCCCAGCAGCAAGCACAGUGGAACAUGAACCAGAUGACUCAGCAGAUGUCGGCCAUGGCGGCAGGCGGAGGGGCCGGAGCUGGGGGCGCGGCGAUGGGGGCCCCAGGGGCCUUCGGCCAGCCGGCCCCCAUGACGGGCUGGUCGGCCCCCCCGCCCUCUGGCCAGACCCUCAGCACCCAGCUGUGGAAGUGAAGCGUGGCCCCGGGAGUGUUGGCGGGCUGGGGGGGUGAAGCAGCCCACCCAUCUCAUACUGCCCUUGUCUCUCUCUCUCUCCACACGCACACAGACACAUGCACAGAAACAUAAUCAUAGACAUACACAGACGCAAACGUAUUCAUACGCACACACACAGAUAUUGGUACACGUACAAAGACACACGCAUAUUGAUACACAGACACACACACACACAGAUAUUCAUACAAACACGCAGAGAGAUAUUUAUACACACACACACGCAUUCAUAUACACAAUAAGCAUAAUGAAAAGAACGCACAAGAGGCGCUGUCUAGCGGUCUCACCCCUUCUUCUUCUUCUCCUCCUCCUCAUCCUCCAUUCCGAGCCCUCCCUCCAGCAGUCACGGGCUCUCCCUGUUAGAGACCAAACAGCAGCUCUCCUCUCCUGCUGUACUCAAUACGAACUUUGACCUUUCCUGGCCGUGUUUCUUUUUCAAAGUUGUG